AUGGACCUCUUCACACGCCACGAAGCUCAUCAUGAGGUCGAGGCAAGCCGAUACUGGGCCCUCGGAUACUACUUUGAAAAUCUAAGCAACGAGCAGCUGCAUCGGCAGCGCAGGUAUCUUGACUUGUAUGGUUUUGCUGCGGAAUGGUCGGUGUGGGUCAUCUUUGUGCUGUUCCAGGUUGGCUUCGCGUUUUUGUGGGUGAUGAAGAACACUUUAAGGCAUAAACAACCAAAAUCGCCCUCAUUCACAAAAGACCAAAAGAGUAGAUUAGGGUGGCUAAGACAAAUAUAUGGCGGUUACACCAAGACUACGUGGUGGAUGCAGAAAGAUGUCAUCAAAGGCUGGAAUUGGGGUACAAGAGGAGAAUGGAUUGGUGCAGUCGCUUGGACAAUGUGGUUGCUGUAUCUGUGUAUCGCCAACACUGGAAAAGGACAUAUCAAAGGUAUGCUCAAGCUUCUUUCAGGCACCAAUCUAAUCCAGGGUUCGUAUCCCGUUACCAGCGAUAGUGCCGUUCUUAGAUGGAGUCCUGGACAGCAUGUUUACCUCAGCAGACCAAGGCGCAAAGGUAAGGCUCCCACAUGGUACAAUCAAUGGUUCAUGAUGAGAAGGGCAAAUCCUUUCACAGUGGCGUCUCUUCCGUCAAAAGAUAGGGAAUUACUCCUUAUCAUAAAAACGCUAAAUGGGAACACAAAGUAUCUUGGAGAACUUGUGCGAUCGCUGGCCAAGGGGAGCGGCACUACCGUGCCGAUAUUGCCCACAGCAGGCGGGGAUACUCUGACAUUACCACUCGCUCUCGAAGGACCAUAUGGCGCAUCAGCCCGGCUGCCAGACUUGUUAGGUUACGACAGAGUUCUUUUGGUAGCUGGUGGCAUUGGCGCCACGUUCAUUAUGCCCAUCUACCGAGAUAUUCUUGGGCUUCAUGAUAAUGUACCAACAGAUAAUCAGAUCCGGUGCGUAUGGACAGUGCAGAAGCUCGCCGAGACACAAUGGGCAUUUGCUACAAACUCUUCGUCUGGUGACAGGCAGGAUGAAGAAGGUGUUGGGAGUGAAGAUACAGGCACGCAUGCCGACAGGAAUAGCUUGGUGCACGGAUCGAGCAACAUAGAGGUCUAUGUAACGCGGUCUGCAGGGUUGAAUCUGCGAGUCAACGCAACUGCUUCUAACAACUUUGCCGUGGAUUCGGAUGACGAAGGAGGAGAGACGAUCGAAAUGCAAGAGAAUGACCAACUACUAGACAUGGAUGAGCAGGUACAAAAGCCGCACGAGAGCAUGUUGAUCAAGAGCGGCAGGCCAGAUCUCAAAGGCAUCGUAGAGGAGGUCUUUAGCAAAGGUGUGAAGAUAGCGGUGAUUUGCUGCGGCCCAAAGAGGAUGAUAGACGAUCUCAGGAGUGGUGUCGAAGUAUGGGUGAACAAGGACCAUGAAGUCUUCUGGCAUAAUGAAACGUUCGAUUGGUAA